CUAGAAAUGAUUCUGGAAUAAAAGGAGAGACAGCUCUUUCGAUAUCUCGAAACCUUGAGCUCAAAUUAAUCUCUCUAAUCCAAUCUAUUUGUUUUGGGAGCUCGUGUGUAUAAUAAAUAUCUCAUACGUGUAUAGGCAUUGAAAGAGGUUCGGUAUGUACGAACCGAAGCUUCCGAACUUGCUAAGAUAACGUCCUUUUGCUAAAUGGCUAGUUAAGAAAGGCGCUCUAAAAUCUUAGUUAACCAAGCGGUAACGGAAGUCGUUCUGUUGAAACUUUUUUUUUGGUCAAAUUAAAACUUUUUUUCGGUUGGUAAGCAUUUAUGUUGGUAAUCAGCGGCCUGUGCAAGCUUCUGGUUAGAUUUUAAACUAGAACUAGUUGAUCAUUAGCGGCCUGUGCAGACUGAAUUUUUAUUAAUAAUACUAAAUUUUAUAUUCUGAUUUGUAUAAACAUUAUUCUUAUAGAUGUAUUUAAAACAUAUUCUUUUGUUUCUUUGUAUAUAAAAUUGUAGUAUUUAGUUUGUUUACUAUUUAUUAUCUAUCUAUUUAUAUACAUAUAUUUAUAAUUUUGAUUAAGCAUAAUUAUAUAAAUUAAAAUUUAAAAUUUAACAUUUUACUUUUAGUUAUUAUAUGAAACUUCAUAAUACAUGUAAACUGCUACUAUAAUAUUUUAAAUAUUUUUAUUGUACAUUUUAGCUAUUUUUUAUUUAAGUCGAUUGAUCGUUUAUAUAUUUUUAAUGUUUCUAAUGACAUAAACAAUUGAUUUGUAUACAUAGUAACUAACUUGUUUUUUUAUAGUUAGCAAAGUUUUACAAUGAAUGUGUGAUUUUCAGUGACGGGGGCCGAAUUUUGUUUUGUUGAGGUUAAUUUGUUAAUUGCUAUAUUUUAUUGGGGUCAAUGUAAUAAAGUUUCAGUAUUUCGUCAGAUUUUAAAAGGAAAAUACAAGUAAAAUUAUUGUUUUCUUAGAAAUUUCAUACGGGUCAUGUGACCCCAUGGUACAAGCUACCUCUGCCACUGUUUUUUUUCCCAAUAUUUAUUAUGUGUAGAUAUUUAUUUGAAAUAGUUUUAGUUAUUUUCAUGAAUAUAUGUAUAUAUAUAUAUAUAUAUAUACACACGGACGUUAUAUCAACAUCCUCAAAGUACGCCAAACUCCUACGAUCCUUUGAAAUCCUAGAAGCCAACCAUCAACGGAUAAAAAAAUAAAGACUCAAUAAUCUAUGACUAGCCAGAACUAAGCACAAUAACAAGCAACACAGCAGGCAACUUCAUGAAGAGAAAAGACCUCAUCUGAACCACCUGUUCAAGAUGACAACAACACAGCAGGCAACUUCAUGAAGAAAAAAAACCUCAUCUGAACCACCUGUUCAAGAUGACAACAACCGAACCACUGAGACCUCAUCUGAACCACCUGUUCAAGAUGACAACAACCGAACCACUGAGACUUCAGCUGAACCACAUGUUCAUGAUGACAACAACCAAACCACUACACCGGAGCCAAGGCAUCAAACCAGGACACAACACCGGGAAGAGAAAAACACCCAUGAGAACCCAUAAAUCAACCGCACCUUCCUAUGGACGCCUCCACAUCUGAUCCUCAUUAUAUUGCUUCAACAGAUAAAGCCACCGAGGAUAAGAAAAGACCAAAAGCAGACCAGGAACAAACCUUAUUCAAUGUGCGGGGAGAUGAUUCUUUCAAAGCUGCGAGAUGAAGAGGUGAACAUAACCCAUCUUCUUCUCCGGAUUCUUACCUUGAACUACUCCGCACGCACCAUUACGUCACUGCUACACUACUAUACCGUUGCUAAAUCAUAGACCACUUAAGACAAACUCUAAAAUCCAUAAGAGAUUAUCCAGAUUCAACUCCUCUCAAAGGUUAACAAAACCACUCUAAACAGGAUCUGAACACAGCCGCCGCAUCACAGAAGAGACACCGAGGCUUGGACCUUCAUCUCGAAAGACGACGCAGACGGAGGCCGGAGAAAACGCUCCACACGCCCAGAUCUAUAAACGGACCACCGGAUCUGAGAUAAGAAGAGCUCUUCGAAUUGCUCUGCAACACAAGAGGUAAAGAACGACUCUAAGAGGAGGGGGAGGAGGAAUCCAAGAGAGCAAAGAGAAACAACACAAUUUUGAGACGAGAUCCAACGACCGCGAGAGGAGGCGGCCACCGGCCUAGGGUUUUCAAGCGAGAGUGUGUCUUCAUGCUGUUUGUAAUCUUUAUAUAUAAAAGAGGGUUUACUCCCUCCUGAGGCUGCCACAUCAUCAUCCACAUAGGAAAGUCGUGCGUCCUGGAGCCGCCACGUGUCCAAGAAGAGUGAAACUCUGCGUUUCAUUUAAUCUGGAAUGAGAUGGGCUUUGGACGUUUGAUGUGUGUUGGGCUUUUAAUUUGUACACUGUAUCCGGCUCGGGUAGAUGGAUCUUACACUCUAACCCUAAUUCUUUUGUAUCGAAGAAACAAGCUUCGUCUCUCUUCGUACGGCAACGACUCCGUGACGUCUUAUCUUCCUCUCGCCAUCUGAAACGGUUCGAGUAAUGGCGUCGUGUUUACUCCAUUAAUCCAGUCGCCCUUGCCCAAAACGAGGUCUUCAAUGCAUCGUUUGGAUCUGCAAGGCAGUGUUCUUUUUGGUAUAAAUAUUGUUUCUCAGGGCUGAUGCGGUUCUGGGAUGCUAGACACUUAUUUUCAGUAUAAUGGCGAGCUUAAUAUAAUUUAUAAGAAAAAGUUAUCCAAGUAAUAUGAAAGGUCGCCGGCGAAACAUAAAGAUCCUGGAGGUGGUUUUAUAUGAUGUGAACCAGAAAAGCUGAACUUAAGAAGAACCUUGCUCUCUCUCUCGCUACAAAGCAAAGAAGAAAACAUGAAGAUGCGAUUAGCACAUCAGAUAUGAAUUACCCAAGUUUCAUGUAGAUAUCAACACAAGAGUCAGGGGCAUAGGAAGAAGGGAAUCAAAAGUAGAGCAAAUAAGGUAUUCACGAAAGUGAAAGAAAAAGCUAAGAAGAUCAAGAACAGUCCUAUCAAACUUGGUCAUAGUCAUGGUCAUAACCACGAUCAUGAUGUGUACGAAGAAGAAUAUGGCAAGCAAGAAUCAGAGUGGCAUGAGUAUACUCACGACGGUGUAAGUGGUCAACCUGUGUCACUAUGUCACCCCGGGGAAGCUAAUUUCAGACACCGCCGAAGAUCGUUCCACCAGGAACAAAAGAUUUCCGAUUGGUAUCGUUGGAUUAUACCAAACGUCCUGAACCUGAGCCCCUACGAGAUACUUUUUAUAUAUAUACUUUGGAGAUGGACGUGAGAACAGAAGCACCGUGUCAUCCUCCUAAACUGCACGACAUGUUGGUGAGAGAAUAGAGGAUCGAGGCUCAUCAGAUUGGCAAUAAAACACGCAUGUGUCUUUGUUAUCCGCAACAAAGAUGUGAUGAGGAUUGAGGACGUGAUGUUUGUUUAAUCUCUUGGUGGAUGUUGCAGGCAAACCUUUGUCAAAAGUCUAAAGCCAUGUGUGAAUUGGCUUGAAGAGGCUGAGGAACAAAAAAUUACGACGUUUCUUCCUAUGUAAUUAUGUUUUUUUCCAAACAAAUAAUUUUAGAGUGUUUAUGUCUUUAAACUAUUUUGCUUUCUGAUAUAUCUUUUGCUGCAUUCGACCUUUUAGUGUAUUAUGGCAAUAAGCUUACUUUUCAGAAUUUUGUAUGAAUGGAAUAAUAUCCUCAGUUAUGACGAGAUGCCAGUGAUAGAUUCUUAUUAAAUUCGAUUUGCUAAUAAUUAUUUUGAUCAGGGACCCAUUCUGAGAAAAUUACAGUAUUCUGCAAAUACGAUUAUGAAUGUUAUUCAAACUAAUUAUAUAUAGAUAGGAAAUACAUCAAUGUAGACAGGAUGAAGAGGAAAAAAACAAAAGAUAAAUGUUCCAAUAUCUUUAAAAGUUAUAAUUUCAUGGUUUUAAAGUCAAAAUAAAAUUUAAACGGAAUGUUCAUAAAAUUUCUUUUAACUAAACUUAAAUAAGUACGAUAAAAAAUUCAGAUUAAACUAAGCUUAAAUUAUUUUUAUAUGUUUUUCAUCACGUCAUAUAUAAUUUAUAAUAAUAAAAAUAACAUAUUUUGAGCAGUAAGAUAUUCAAAUUUUGUAGACCAAAAGUAUUUUCUUUUAAAGUUCACUUUUUAAAAAAAAUUUGUCUAAUGACUUAUAUUUUAAUAAUAAAUGUUAAUUACAUAAUAUUAAAAUAAAAAUAAAUAUUAUAGAAAUACCCUGGUCUUUAUUAAAUAUCUUAGGUUAUUCUAUAUAUCUAAGUAAAUAAAUAUUAUUUUAAAAGGUUGCAUCAUGAAUUUCAAAACAAAAAAAAUCUUUGCACAUAAAUACACAACUAAUAUGAGAAUAAGAGUUUACAGCACAUUCUGAGUAAGAGACACAUAGUAUAACCUGACGCGAAACACAUAAGAAAAAAAAACUAGAUAACAUAAACCAAAACAAAAUAGAUCAUCAACUCUACAUCCUCAAAACUAAACAGAACAAUUUUAACAAUAAUCUACUGUAAAAACUAAAUUUAGUAAAAACAUAAGAUAACCCACUAAAGUAUAUAAAAUUAAACAAAAAUAUGUGAACUUAUUUACAAGUUUUUUUUCUACUAACAAAAAUGAAAUAAAAGAAAAAAGAAAAUUUUCAUGGUUUUUUUUUAUGGUCAUCCAACUCCAGAAAAUCACAAAGAAUGAUGUAAUGCCACAUCCAAUUCUUAAUAUAUAAUCAAAACAUAGAUUAUUUAACAAAAAAAUCAUCUUAAACCUUUUAACAAGAAAAAAGAAAAAAGAAAAUCAUAUUUCAAAAAUAACAAGUAAUAUUUAUUUUAAAAAAUCAUAACUAAUUUUCAGAUAACAUGGUUUAUUUAGUAUUCAAAUACAAUAACAUAUACAAAAUUUAACUAAUAUAUAUUUUUAAAUGAUAAAAAUUUAUAUUAAAAUUUAUUCUAAUUAUUUAAAUUAUUUGUUAAUUUUCAUCCCGCCCGUAGGGCGGGCCGACUCUAGUCUAUAAUAUAAUGAGGCAGUUUCCUCUUUUCUGAGGCGACAUGUCAGAAUUUUGGUGGAUCCCACUUUUAAAAACGAAAAAGUGUCAAACCUCUGGUUCGAACCCGGGUUAUUGAGAUAUAAACACCAACAUUUAUACCACUAAACUAAAGGAUACUUUGUACAUUGAUGGCCGAAACUAAUAUAUAUUUAUGAAGGUCGGAAACCUUUGCUUCUUCGGUUUUUUCUGUGGGUCGGGCCUACAAGUGUAUUAUGAGUUUCAUUUUUAAAUGAGGUUCAUCACGUUAGAUGAAAAAAAUAACAAUUAUAGUUUUUCAAUAUUGUAAAAUGUCUUCGUUUAACAUGAGUUAGGGUUCUUUUCAUCAUUGUCUUAGACAAGUCUGAGUUACAGAGUUGCGCUGUGUGACUGCUCGUAAUCUAUUUUUUCACCGGUGAACUCUUCAUCUUCCCAUCUUAAAUCGCUUGAUCUUAAAUGUUCCUGAUUUGUAGCCUUUCUGUAAACCCUAUAUAUAUGAUUCUCAUCUUUGAUGAAUCCAAUCUGCAUCUCCACAAAACUCAUUGAUUCCUCUUAGCUUUAACGAUCUUCUAGAAAAUGUCUCUCUGCCUCUCCAGUUCCUCAAACCGGCGUUCCCGACAUCCGUCACUCAACCUUCGAGUCUCUCCGUGUUGGUCGUAGUAGUCAGAGCAUAGCCUCUAACCUCCUCACUUAUGGGAUUCCCUGAACUUCAAGAAACACAAUGAGUUUAUGGGAAUCACGGUUCUCUUUCUUGAUGAAAAGGUAAGUUAAUCUUCGAUUUAUCACACUUAUUUAAUAUAAUUAUUUUUAAAUGAUUUCCUGAUUCUUUGUUAAAUAAUAUUAUUUUCAGAUUCCGUGAUUAAUGGAUUUAUUCCUGCCGGACGUGCUAAUCAUUACAUGCCAUCUUUGAAAGCUGAUUUCAUUGUGAACGUUGAUCGUUUUAAGGUUUAGGUGCUCAAGCAUGUACAAUAUAAUUGAUCAUCCAUUCCUCAUUCGUUUCAUCUCAACAACUAUUAUUUAUGAAGUCAUCACAGGUGUCCUCCUGAGAUCAAUCUCCAAUCAUAAUUAGACUGUUUGACAAUUUUCAAGUGAUUGCGAACACAAACCUAGAACUCUCAGGUGUAUUAUCAUAUUGCAUCUGAGUUUAUAAUAUGUUUCGUUAUCAUAACUGAUAUUCAAACUUAGCAAAGAAACAACUCGAGUCGUUAUUCGUUUCCUCAUUGAUCUUUAAGAAACAAUCAACACACAAUUCUCUUUAUAUUAUUAUCUAUAUUGUGCUAACAUCAAUAAUCAAAAAUAUUUUCUACCCAAAUUAUGUGGUCGUCUAUUUAUCUCCAUUACUUAUCAAACUAAUUUUACACAAACCUUUAUUUUACAGUUUAAAAGAAACCACAACAACCCAAACAAUCAAAACACCAAAAACUAGAAUUCCAAAAAGACUAAUCAUUAAUGAUCACCUCUUUUUUGUCUAAUUUUAGAAAUAAACUUCAAAACAAAUAUACCAAACCAAUCACAUCAACUAAAAGUCAACGACACAUACAUCGAGUCAGCUAAACAAAUACAAACUACACGGCCAGCUAUUUAACAAUUUACAAACUUACAUUCGCAACGACACAUACAUCGAAUCAGCUAAACAAAUACAAACUACACAGCCAGCUAUUUAACAAUUUACAUACUUACUUUCAGCAACGAAGAAGACGAAACGGCAACCAAGAUCAGUGAAAUUACCUAAACAAAAAAGUAGAGUAAGUUAUGAACUCUGGUAAAUACAACUAACAAUGAUUUUUGUUUACAUAUUAUCCAUCAAACAAAAGAUAAACAAACACAGCCACAACAGGAGAUACAAGAAACAAUCCCGACAGACACAAAUGCGGCAACAACAACUCCACCUGCUCACUCCUCUUGUCUUAUAAAAAUAGCUUACAUGCCCAAUGUCAAGAGGCCAAUGCUAUUGUCUUCUUAUGAAAAAUACAUAAAUUCGUUUAAAACUCAUUAAAGCCCAAAUACUUAAAAUUGUCACUCAUUUUAUAGUUAUUUCUACAAGUCUUCAUGUAUUUGUUUUAAAAGUCUAACAAGAGCAACAAGUUUAAAAAUAAAAUAAAAACAUAUAACAAACAUAAGGCCAAGUGCAACCGGACGCUAUAUCGUUAAAAUAGUGUAUGAUUUGACGUUUUCACUUUCCAACCGAACGGUAAAAACAAUUGUAUUAUAGUGUGAUUCCUUUAUUUACUACAGUGUCACACAAAAUAUGGUGAUGAAACAAAUAUUGAGAUGAAACAACUCAAAACGCAAAAUUCACAACUACAAUAACCCUAGCAAAUAUUGAGAUGAAACAAAAACUUUAUCCACAACUCCGUGCAAGCGCGGAGGCAAUGCCCCUAGUUGUAAUAGUAAUAGAAUUUGUUUAGAAGAGAAUUUUCAUUAACAUUUUCUUAUUAAAGAGCAAUUAUUUUAAAAAAUUACAAACAUAACAAGGUCAUCCUAGAAUUUUAUUUGUGUAUGGAAGGUCAUCCCAGAACUAUAUUUGUAAUUGGAGCUCGUACUUGUUUGUUGGCUCAAAAGUGUCGGCUCUUCUUCAGUUUCGUUUCUUUUUCAAGAAAUGUUGAAGUCCAUGAGCAGCAGCGAAGACCACCUGGUCUCUCUGAUCGUAUCUUCCACCGGGAAAUCCCAUCUCCGGCAGAUUCAUGCGGUCUUACUCCGAACUUCGUUGAUCAGAAGCUCUGACGUUUUCCACCAUUUCCUCUCCCGUCUGGCUCCCCGAGAUCUCGAUUACUCGCGUCACGUUUUCUCCCAAAGGAGCAACCCAAGCGUCUCUCACUGCAACACCAUGAUCAGAGCUUUCUCCGUCAGCGAAACUCCCGGCGAAGGGUUUCGCUUGUUCCGAGCUCUGAGACGAAAAACCUUUCCUCCCGCUAACCCUCUCUCGUCCUCUUUCGCCCUCAAGUGUUGCAUCAAAUCAGGCGACUUACUCGGUGGUUUGCAGAUUCACGGCAAGAUUUUCAGCGAUGGGUUUCUCUCGGACAGUCUCCUGUUAACGACUCUGAUGGAUUUCUACUCCACCUAUGCAAACAGCGCUGCUGCUUGUAAAGUGUUCGACGAAAUUCCCAAGAGAGAUACCGUUUCUUAUAACGUGCUCAUCUCGUGUUUUCUGCGGAACAAACGUACACGUGACGUUCUGUUUUUGUUCGAUAAGAUGAUGAAAGAGGUCGAUGGGUGUGUCAGACCAGAUGGUGUAACAUGCUUACUAGCUCUACAAGCUUGCGCAAGCUUAGGCGCGCUGGAUUUCGGUACACAAGUUCAUGAAUUCAUCGAUGGAAAUGGACUCGGUGGUGCUUUGAACUUGAACAACACUCUUGUUUCCAUGUACUCACGUUGCGGGUCUAUGGAUAAGGCUUACGAGGUCUUUAACCGAAUGCGUGAAAGAAACGUGGUCUCAUGGACGGCUAUGAUCACGGGUUUAGCCAUGAACGGGUUCGGGAAAGAAGCUAUUGAAGCUUUCGAGAAGAUGUUGAAGUGUGGAAUCUUUCCACAGGAACAUACGCUAACUGGUUUACUAUCUGCGUGUAGCCAUUCAGGUUUGGUCCAUGAAGGAAUGAUGUUUUUCGAUAGACUAAAGAGCGGCGAGUUUAAGAUGAAGCCUAAUUUGCAUCACUAUGGCUGCAUCGUUGACCUCUUGGGACGUGCUCGUCUGCUCGAUAAAGCCUAUAGUCUUGUACAGUCAAUGGAGAUGAAGCCAGACUCCACUAUAUGGCGUACUCUGCUCGGUGCUUGUAGAGUCCAAGGGAAUGUGGAACUUGGGGAACGUGUGAUCUCCCAUCUUAUCGAGCUCAAAGCCGAGGAAGCCGGAGACUACGUUCUGUUACUCAACACAUAUUCCUCCGUUGGGAAUUGGGAGAAAGUGACUGAACUGCGUUCGUUGAUGAAGGAGAAAAGAAUCCAUACCAAACCUGGAUUCAGUGCCAUGGAGGUACAAGGAACGGUUCAUGAGUUUAUAGUAGAUGAUGUUUCGCAUCCGCGGAAGGAAGAGAUCUAUAAGAUGCUAGCGGAGAUCAACCAGCAGCUGAAGAUUGCGGGUUAUGUGGCGGAAGUAGCAUCAGAACUGCACAAUCUUGAUUCAGUGGAAGAGAAGGGACAUGCGUUGACAUACCAUAGCGAGAAGCUAGCUAUUGCCUUUGGUAUUCUUAUGACUCCACCAGGAACAACCAUUAGAGUGACCAAGAAUCUUAGAACUUGUGUUGAUUGUCAUAAUUUCGCAAAGUUUGUUUCUCGUGUUUAUGAUCGUGUUGUGAUCGUUAGAGAUCGCUCACGUUUCCAUCAUUUUAAAGGUGGGUUUUGCUCCUGUAACGACUUCUGGUGAUGAUUCGGAAGAUUUGCUUCAGUGUCAUGUAUCAAAAUCUUCAAAAUGAAGAAGCUAAUACACUCUUUAUUUUACAA